AUGAUCAGCUACUUAUUUUUGCUGCAGUUUGUGGCACUGCCUUUAUUGGCCUUUGGAGACCCACGAAUCAUAGGCUCUACUACUACUGGAAAUAUAAAGGAUGAGCCGUGGUAUGCCAUGAUUUAUCUAGGAUCCAGUAGAAAGUGCGGUGGAGCCAUAAUCUCAAACAAUUACAUCCUGACGGCAGCCAGGUGUCUGGAACGGUAUGGCAUGAGAGAUAUUCAAGUGAGGAUAGGUACAAAUAAUUGCCAGUCGGGAGGAUCCAGAGUUAAAAUCUGCAAGUUAAAGAAACAUGAUCAGUACUCCAAAUAUCGAGUCGAUACGAGUCUCGUCCUUUUGAAGACCUGCACACCAAUUACCACCACUGAUCUUACAAAGCCAAUUGAAGGGAGCCACAAGAUUCCGGCGGACAACUCACAAGCCAAUGCAACUGGUUGUGGUUCCCUAAAUCGCAACUUUGGGGACGUUUGGGAAGGGGGAAGGACCUUUGACCAUGCCGUCUACCCAACCUAUUCGCGCAGCUCCGAGGUGAAAAUCUACAACCAAAAGCAAUGUGCCGCAGACUGGCACAAAAUUAUUCCAAUGCUAAGAAUUUCUGAGCUGACCAUUUGUACCAAAACGGCCGGAAUUGGAGCCUGCUCUGGUGAUUUGGGGACACCUCUGGUGGUGAACAAGAAACUAGUUGGGAUUUUAUCCUGGGCAGGCUGUUCUAUUUUGCCCGAUAUUUAUUCGAAUGUUAUCAAGCUUUCCGAUUGGAUCGAUUCUAGUAUGAAAGAGUUAGACAGAGUUGGGUAAAAAAUAAUGAUGAAGGUGAAAGUUAUCAAUGGAACUGAUAAUAUUUCUUUAUAUACAUAUAUUUAAUUUAUAAGAUAUUUUAAUAAAGAGGAACAUUCCAA